AUGUUUUAUAGUCACGAGAUUCUCAGCAACACCCAGUAUGGGGUUGCUACUAUCUGGUAUUUCUUGAGGCUCGUCGCUACCGUGGGCAAUAGUAGCCAGAAACGUCUGACUCGCAAAGCAAUUCAAGGCGUUGACGUUCCAAAGGCAUGCGAGACUAUCAUUGACCCGGGGGCCCCCUUGGCCUUGCGUCUUCAGGGAAAUCUCCUUUACGGAGUUUCUCGAGUCUAUUCUCAGCAGUGCCAUUAUGUUCUUUCAGAUGCUGAAAAGACACAAUCACACAUGAUAACAUUCUUUCGGGCCAUGAACACAAACGAAACAGACCCAAACGUGGGCAAGUCAAAGCGACACCAAAUCACCCUCCAAGAUGACCCAUCCUUUGAUCCUUUGUCCACUGUCCCGAAACUAGAUCUUCUGGCCAGUGUCGAUGAUUUGGUUUUCCUUUCAACUCAAUUGUCGACGCAGAACAACGUCUCUCAAAUGACCCCAAUGACCCAGGGCACAAGUUCUUCUGGCCGAGGUAACUCACUCUUGAACUUCGGCUUCCCACAGUCUUCUCAAUCUGGUCGGAGCUAUCGUCUUCCAACUGACCUCGACCUUGAUUUACCAAAGCCAUUUCAUGCGCAAGAUCCAUUCGAAGAAUUCAACCCUUUCGGCGAAGACAUAGCAAAUAUUCCCGAUCUUGAUCUCAACUUGGAUAUUGACGGAAACCUCAUUGAUAUUGGUGAUCUCGAGCCAGAGCUUCCUACUCUUCCUGGAACCGCAGCAUACGAAGAACAACUCCACAUCCAGGCAGCCAACGCCGACACCAACAAAGAGCGCAACACAGGUGGCAACGUGAUCAUCAUGGGCGAGGAUCCUCUGCCUGACGCUGAGCCAUUUCUCAAGCGACCAACUGCUAAGCAGCCUCCCUCUAACGCCGAACCAACCACUACAUCAACAACCGAGACUCUAGAAGUCAAGGCCCCUUUACAACGGGGAAGGCCACGACGGAAGCACCAAAUGAUUGACAAGAAGGAUUACAUCCCUUCAGCUACGAUUCGAGGAUGGUAUUCGGCCUACCCCGAUAGCAUGAAAGCUCUUCUCAAGUUACGCCCAGCAACUACGACAACCCAAGCCCGCCGCAAUGCCAAGGCCUUCAUUUUUGGCAAUGGGCUUGCUUACGUCGCCAGAACUCCAUUAGGGAGGGCUCACCUUCUUGCUGAAAAGUUUUCUGGGAUGGCCCUGAUGGCGCAGUUUCAGGGACGAGAUCCCGAACCAGAGCCAGAGCUUCAGCCUCGAGGUCGCCGUCGUACAUCGGCUGAAGCUUUUCCAGAUGAGCAAGAUGAAGAACGAAAUAUCCGUCAGAGAACUGGACAUAGGAAUGGUGUCGGCGAAUUGGGACGUGGGUAUGACAAUGACACGGUUGCAGUCAUGUUCGGCGAAGAUCUCGCCCCCGAGAUGGGAUUGGAUGCAGCGAAUGGUCUUGAAGACCGCCACUCAUCUUCCAUGGCUCCAUGGAGCUGUCCUCCCUCUAUCGCACCUGGCUCAUCACGUCGAGGACAGGGACGUGUGCAGAAAAGGCUUCCCGCGCCGAGUCCCCUACAUGGCCGCGGCAGUGUGGUUCGCUCUAUUGAGCGCUUCAGCGAUCUUCCUGACUUGCCUCAAAAUUCUGACGAUGUGGCAAUAUUGUACUCACAAGACUCCUCUGUAGGUGAUGAAGGGUUUAUGGGCGACUUUGACUUUACCAAUGGGAAAGAAACACAGGACUCCGGCGUUAUCGAUUCUUCUGCUCUUGAUUUUUUGGGUUACGCCACUACUCGUGCACAGGAAAAGGGCUAUACUCGUCCCCGUGAUCGGACUGACCGUCGCUGGAUUGACUUCCAUGUACUCACCGAGGAGCUCGAUGAUCCAGCCAGCACAAAGAAGUUUGUUUCAGAGGCGUUUAUGCAUGUUCUCGUUCUUGCCACCAAGACCGCUAUCGCCGUGGAGCAAGAAGGCAUCGCGAACAACCAGCCUUUUGGUACUAUCCGCAUAGGACUCACUGUUGUCGAGCAAGACGCCGACGACAUGGCCGACAAGCUGGCCUAG